AUGGCCUAUGCUAUUUUCUAUUACUCUAUUGUACUUAUUUAUGUAUUGCCAAAGGUAUUACUUCCUAAUGAGGCAGUGUCAAUUGAGAAUAUUAAGAAUCCAAUUAUUUGGAUUGUUGAAUUUAUAUUUAUCAAAGAUGCCAUGCACUUGAAAAUAUUAGUUUAUUGGCUAAUGUGUAUGUCAUUCAUGUUUAUUGUAAUGAGCUUUUCAAAGGAGAAAACAAUAGAAGUUUCAAAAACAAAAAAGAAGGAUUUGAUAUACCUUUUUGGAGGAAGAAUAAGUGUCCCAAAAAUCAUUUAUAGAAAAUUCUUUCAUAUUAUGGCUGUCAUUAUGUUUGUACCUGUUACUAUUCAAAGACCUCUAUUCAUGUGCCUGAGUUAUGCUGUGGCAAUUUGUUUAUUCUUACUAAUUGAGAGUUUCAGAGUUCAAUUCAUCACAGAGCAUGAAGUCAACUCGCUAGCAAGAGCUCUCCAUUUUUAUAUUAAGCAAUUUACAGAUUCAAGAGAUUCUGGCACUUUUAUAUUGACACAUAUUUAUCUUUUAAUUGGAUGCAUGAUACCUACCUGUGUGGAAAUUUUCAGUCAUGAAAAGACAAUUAAUUAUCAUAGAAUUUUAUCAGGAGUCAUGAUUUUAGGAAUUGGAGAUACCAUGGCAUCAGUUGUUGGUUUCAAUUUUGGAAAAACCAAGUGGAAUUAUCCUAUUGAUACCAAAAAAUCAGUUGAGGGUACGUUUGCCUCAUUCCUCAGUGUUUGUUUCAUUUCCUAUCUUGUCGUGCCAAUUCAUUUCACUUCCAACUUGGAAUUGUGUAGUUAUAUAUUUUGUACACUUGCUGCCAGUAUGUUGGAGGCUUACACUGUACAAAUUGAUAAUUUGAUACUUCCAGUAUUCUUCUACACCCUAUUGUGUGCCUUCUCAACCAUUCAAAGUCAUUUGUUUACUAUUCUGUAA